AAGUCUGCUACAAAAAAAAAAAAUAGCAGUUUUUAUUUGGAUCCUGCAGCUUCUCAUCAUAACUCAAAGAUGAUAUUUUACCUGCUUCUCUUGGCUUUUGGGGCACAGACCACAGUUGUGUUUGGAAAGGCACUGACCCAUGCAGACUGCGGGAAUGGCCCAGACUACUGGUGUAAGGACAAGGAAACAGCAGUCCAAUGUGAUGUCAUAGACUACUGCGAACAGCAUGUAUGGAAUGUGUCCCAUGUGGUAAUGGAUUUCCCUCCAGAUGAAAUCGACUUAUGCCAUGUCUGUGUACAGGUCAUAGGCAUAGUGUUAAAGUUGCUUGAAGCUGGGACUAAAUUUGAAUACGCGCUGAGACAAGCAUGUGAUCUCUUGCCAUGGUACCUGAGCCCUGAAUGUAAAAUGAUUAUAUCUGCUGUAUCAGAGGCCAUCAAAUAUUUGAUAGAAAAAGGUGCAGAUGCCAAAACAAUCUGUGUUGCAGCCCAUUUUUGUAACAGAAAUCAACAUGAAGAAGUACUCCUGUAUGAUACCUUAAUGGGUAAGACUGACUGUGGAGCAUGCCAAAGCUUUAUAACCCAAGUGAAACCACGUGUGACUUCAGACAUCGAUGAAGCAGCUCUGACUCAAAUUUUGGAGAGGGUCUGCAGUGAUAGUUUUUAUGAUCAUCCUGAAUGUAAAAAAUUCCUGGAAACUUACAUGAAUAGACUAUUAGAAGCCUCUGUGAUGACCUGGGGUGCCAAGGUGACCUGCCAGCUGGUGAAAGCCUGUAAUCCAAUGGAGGAUGUCACUCAAUGGGAAGCCAAAGAGUGUGAGGCAGGCCCAUUAUACUGGUGUAAUAGUGUGGAGACGGCCAGGAAAUGCAAGGUUGAGAAACUGUGUCGGGCAUACAUAUGGUAACAUUCCACUCCAGCUCAAUCGUCCUGAGGAAUUGCUUUAUAUCAUCAGGCCAAGCUUAUAGAUGCAGCACCAAGAAUAAAGAAAGAAAAGUCUUUCAGGCAAUUUCUAUAUACCCCUUCAUAAUGGAGUUAAACUUUCUUCAGGGGCAACAUAUCCUCCUUUGCUUAUCAACUUCUGGCAUGCUGAUGCAACAUCCCUUUGCUGUCAGCUAAUCAACAGAGCGAAUUCCAUUUCUGACUUGCUUUCAACUUCUAAUAAAUUCUUAAGUGUUUCUUUAUCAAAAAUCAUUGCAAUAUUAGUAUUUGAAGUUAGAUUGUUUUCUUGUUCAUUUCUGAUUAAAUUAGACUUACAUUUGCAAAAGAUGUGCAGAAAUAAAGUUCUAGUUAAUUUAUGUUUUCACAGACUUGAAAUGGCAAAUUUCAGAAGUUAAAUUCAGAAAUAAUUUUAUUCAUAAUUUAAAAAUAUUCUCUGCAGUGUACUUUAAAGUCUUAUAAAUAAAUUCAUUAAUAAAAAAUGUAUUUUCAACAAAA